AUGGUCAAACCAAGAAGCACAGAGUCGAAAUUUGUCAGAACAGUCCAAGCUCAGUUACUAGGGGAUAAACAGGAUUAUUUGAUCACAGCAUAUACGCAUGAUCUUGAAAUCAACAAAAUUUUAGAAGAUGGGAAAAUCCAAUUAGUACGAAGAAUUAGAGUCAAUGAAGGUGCUAUUACAGAUAUUACUCCAGUGAAAACAGGUUGUGGUAAAUAUAGAGCUUGGUUGAUCAUUGCUUUCAAUGAAACUCGUUUACAAUUCCGUGCUUUCAAAACUAUUGAUGAUGAUUUCAUAGUUGAUGAUUUCCCAAUGAAAUUUCGUGGUACGAUUCACCAUCUUAUUCCAGGUUCAUUAAAAGAAGAUUCACAUCAUUAUUUCUUUACUUGUUUUGCUAAAGAAGGUUGUGUUUUCAUAUUCCGUCAAAUUGGUAGAGGUUUUGCUAAAAUGCAAGCACAUCCAAAUUUCAAAACAGUUAUGAAGACUAAAGAUUCAACAGGUUUGAAAUUUUUCAUAAGACCUGAAAUAUGGACAUAUAGUAUGUUCUUGUAUGAUAAUGGUUAUGAUAUUCUCACAUUUGAUAUAGCACCAUCAGAUGAAAGUGCAUUUGUGUUCUCAUUGGUUAGAAGGAAUGGAAUGGGUCAAUAUUUUUACUCAAAUCCGAUGUGGAAAGAAAAGAUGUAUGAAUCAUAUAUUGAUAAUUGUUAUGAUGAUCCAGUAUUGGAACCUGUUGCUCCAAUAUCUACAGUGUUAAACUGGGAAUGCUCUUUACUAUUCAGUAAAACUUCAAUUUAUCUAAGAGGUUCACCUUAUAAUCUUGGGGUAGAUCAAAAUUUUGAUAUAAAUUCUAUUAAGCUUCCAGAAAAUGUCGAAAUGGAGUUUCAUGGUGCUGAGCAUAUCGAAGGGUCAUUUUAUAGAUUUGUGUUUUCCAAUAGGGAAUUUGAUGUUAUUGCUACAGCUCCAUACCUAGAUAAAACUUUAAUUAUUGAAAGAAAUGGUGAUUUGAGUUUAUUAACAUUGAAAAUGGAAACUGACAGGGGAUUUGAUGGUGCAAAAGUUGAAGAAUUGUCACUUUCUAAAAUUGAAGGUUCAUUACCAUCUAAUAUCCAGUUUUUAAUGCAAUUGAAAUCAAAUGUUUAUAUAACAAGAUUGGAAAAUUCAACUACAUUAAUUUUUAAAAUUGAUAAUAAUAAAUUGGAAAUUAUUCAAGAAUUAAUUGAUAACACUAUUAUGAUUGAUGGUGAAUUUUAUAAAAGAGAAUUACCAGAAUAUAAAUUCCAUUCAGUCAGAAAUCCAGAUGGGAAAUCUGAAUAUAUUGCUAUAGAGAACAAGACUGGGAAUGUUUUCAUACUUAACAAAUUCGAAGUUGAAACUGAUCAUUUUGAUAAAAGAUUCAAACGUGUAUUGGACUAUAAAAUCAUUAAUGAUCAAGUCUGGGUAUUACAAAAAAAUAAAUUAAUUCAAAAUGCUGAAAGUGAAUCACCAAUAAAAACAAAAUUGGACGUCAUACAAGGGAAAAUCUUGGAUAAUGGUGAGAUUACAACUUUAUCAAAUGGUUUAAUUAAAACUGGAGAUAAUGAAUAUAAAGUUUCAUCAUCUUCAAUCUCAGUCAUUGAUUCUUUAAGAUUUAAUGGUGUAACAUAUGUCGUUUCUGGUCAUUGGGAUGGUUCAAUUACAAUUUAUUCACCAACAAGUGUUAUUAAACAACAAUUCUCCAUAAUGUUUGUAACAGAUAUAAGAUUAUUAGAAGCAAAUGGGAAACUUUACAUCAUUGUUGGAUCUCAUAAAGGUGAAGUUGGUAUUUUUGAUGAUUCAGGUCGUAUUGAUUAUAUAUUCAUAGGUGAAGAACCAGUUGUAAUAUCACCUGCUAAAAAUAAUAAAGUCAUUGCUAGUACUGUUGGAAAUGCAUUAGAAAUUGAAUUUAAUGAAAAUGGAUUGAAAAAGACUUAUUUGGAUAUUCUGUAUGAAUCGUUUUUGAAUCGUUCUGCUGAAGGACAUGCCUAUGCUGAAGGUGAUGAUUCUGGAGUUGUUGGGUUUGAUGGGAUAACUCAUGAAAUUCAAUUGUAUAAAGAAGAUAGAAUUCAAAGAUUUGACUUGGUAUAA